CUGCUGUGCACCAUGCACAUCACCCAGCUCAACCGCGAGUGCCUGCUACACCUCUUCUCCUUUCUGGACAAGGACAGCAGGAAGAACCUUGCCAGGACCUGCCCCCAGCUCCAGGACGUGUUUGAGGACCCCGCACUCUGGCCUCUGCUGCACUUUCGUUCCCUCACAGAACUCAAGAAGGACAACUUCCUCCUGAGCCCGGCGCUCAGGAGCCUCUCCAUCUGCUGGCACUCCAGCCGCGUGCAGGUGUGCAGCAUCGAGGACUGGCUCAAGAGCGCCCUCCAGAGGAGCAUCUGCAGCCGGCACGAGAGCCUAGUCAGUGAUUUCCUCCUCCAGGUGUGCGACAGGUGCCCCAACCUGGCAUCCGUCACGCUGUCGGGCUGCGGCCACGUCACCGACGACUGCCUGGCGCGACUGCUGCGCUCCUGCCCGCGCCUGCGCGCGCUGCGCCUGGAGAACUGCGCGCGCGUCACCAACCGCACGCUGACGGCCGUGGCGGCGCACGGGCGGGCGCUGCAGACGCUGCACGUGGACUUCUGCCGCAACGUGAGCGCGGCCGGCCUGCGCCGCUUGCGCGCCGCGUGCCCGUACCUGACGCUGCGCGCCGAGCACAGCGCGGCCAUGAUCCCCGAUCAGACCCCGCGCGGCCUGCGUUCGCCCGGCGCUGCCCUCCGCAAGCAGCUUCUGCGCUAGGCCGGCCGGGCCGUGGCUGGGACACCGGCCCUGAGCCUCCGAGCGGGAGGAGUGGCCUGCAUUGAACAACAGCCCCUAGACAGCCGCCACAUCCUCAGCCAAGACGGGGAUACGAGCGCCUCCCCCACACUACGAUUUUAUACAUUGGCUGAGUGCAAGAUUUGAUGGCCAGAUGCUUGGAGAACACUCGGGUGUUUCUCAUUAAACACCAGCACCCUUCCCUGUCUCCCCUAAGCACCCGGUUCUCCGCCUGGCGCUGCGCGGGAGCCCUUAGCCCAUACUCCCCGGCUGAGGUUGCAGUUGGGG